ACGGACCCAGGUAAGACUAGGCUGGGCAUUGAGAACUGCCAGCAAGCGGACCUCCUGAGGACAGCGAUGCUGUUAUCAGCGCAAGAGUACCGGGAAGGCAACAGAAAUUUGUACAGCAGGAUUCUGGACCGACUAACAGGUUACAGGCCCUUGGGUGUGAAGAAGUCGGAACGCGUCCUUGCCGUGGGGUCUUUGAUCACCAUCGUGGGAGAGCUGACCCAGUCGACCGAGGAUGGCCAGAGAAAGUUCGUGGUCCGUCGGCCCCAGGGUGGGGGGCCAUUCUACAUAAGCUCCAAGACGCUUGCCGAGUUGCAUGCAUCCCUUAGCCGAGUUGCAAGCACAUGCAAGUGGCUGGCAGUGGGCUUUGGCGCCUUGGGCGCCUUUUUGAUCUUCAGGAGCGUCUACAAGUCGUUUUCAACGGCCCGUAGGUACAAUCAAAUGAGGAAACGGAUAGAGGAGGAAGAGCGUCGCCGAAGGAACCGACGAGCUCUUGCGGCGGCCAGGAGGGGGGAGGAAGCUGGAGGUGAGGCAAGGGGGGAGGAGGAAGACGAGGACAACGACGAAGGCUUGUGCGUCGUGUGCAGGGAGCGCGAGGCACACUUCGUCUUCAUACCCUGUGGGCACCUGUGCUGCUGCGAGAUAUGCAGCCUCAGCCUCAACAGGUGCCCAAUGUGCCGCAGCCGCAGCCAUGCUCACAGGGUGUACCACUCAUAG